CUCUCUCUCUCUCUCUCUCUCUCUCUCUAAUGGCUGCUUCUUUCGCGCCAUUCUUGAUUUCAGGUGGAUCUCAUGUUAAGUCACCUGAGUUGUGGUCGACAAAGAAAAAUUCUUAUGGCGUUGGAAUCCACCUUGGACCUAAGCUUGUAGUUCAAAGAAAAUCAAACCUUGUGAGCAGGAGGAACCGCACUUCAUCAAUUUGUGCUGAAUACCGUGACAGUAGUGGAGGUGGAGGUGGGGAUUUUCUUGCUGGCUUUAUUCUAGGUGGUGCGAUUUUUGGAACUCUGGCAUAUGUCUUUGCUCCCCAGAUCAGAAGAUCUCUGCUAAAUGAAGAUGAAUAUGGGUUUCGGAAGGCCAAAAGACCAAUAUAUUACGACGAAGGGUUAGAGCAGAGGACCCGUAUGACCUUGAACGAAAAGAUAAGCCAACUAAACUCUGCUAUUGACAAUGUCUCUUCGCGUUUGAGAGGUGGCAAUAAUGUGCCUGCUGCAAAGAUAGAAAGUGAUCCUGAAGUGGAGGCUAACAUCUGAGGCGCUUCCAGUUUUAUACUGUUGUCCCUGAUGCUUUGUAGUAGUGGAAAUAUUACAACCUGAAAAUCACAUUCCUCGUUAUCCGUGAUAAUUUUUCCUUUCUUUUUUGAUGAUGGUUCGAAGGGAAAAGACUAGGUGAUGAACUCACCGUUAAGCUCUCACAAUCUUACUCUUGUUUUGAGGAUGAUUUGGUUAUUGGGGAUAACAUCAAACUCUUAUGUAACUUGUUGCAUAUAGAACUCCAGUUACUACUUUGCCACUAAA